AUGGACGCUCAGCAGCUGGCAAGAUUCGCGGUGCCGGUAGUGGUGAUCUUGGUGGCCUUUCUCUCAUACUCGUCUCAGUAUCUGUUUUACAGUCUUCAGCCCGGUCCGCUCUCUUCCUGGGACAAGAUCGUUUUCAACACGUUGGUGGGAUGCAUCUGGAUAUGCUACGCUCGUGCCUGCACGACCAAUCCCGGCCGGGUGCCGGCUGGCUGGAAACCUGAUCAGGACGAAGAGAUCGAAACGGUCUCGAGUGGAGACAGAGUCGCUUCAAGGCAUAGGUACUGCCGCAAAUGCGAAGCCGUCAAACCGCCAAGGUCCCAUCAUUGCAGAGUAUGCAAAAGAUGCAUUCCAAAAAUGGACCACCAUUGCCCUUGGACUGUCAACUGUGUAUCUCACUUCACCUUCCCUCAUUUCAUGCGGUUUCUCUGGUAUGCGGUGGCUGCCAUGGGAUACCUCGAAUACUUCCUGUUCGUACGAGCGGGUGUCGUCUGGGAGGACCGCAAUUUGCCUAGUUAUCUAGGUCCUUCUGCUUCCCAGCUCGUCCAUCUCUUGAUUUUAAUCAUUGUCAAUACUCUGACUCUCUUUCUUGUCUCAAUCACCUUCUUUCGCUCCAUCUGGGGCCUUGGGGCUAAUGUCACCACUAUCGAGAGCUGGGAGAUCGAGCGCCACGAACAGCUACUCCGUCGAGCUCGUGCUCUCGGGGGAUACUUGGAUGGCCCAGAUGGCAUUCGAGUCAAGAUUGUGAAGCAAGAAUUCCCUUACGAUAUUGGAAUUUGGAGCAAUAUUGUUCAGGGGAUGGGAACAGCAAACGUGCUGGCCUGGUUCUGGCCAUUCUCCGCGACUCCAACAACGAGCGGAUUGGUCUUCGAGACCAAUGGCUUCGAGGACCCAGGCACAACUUGGCCGCCACCAGACCCCGAUCGGAUGCCUCGACUUGAUCGGCCGCUCGAGGCCGCACACAAUGCAUUUGUUCAUGACCACAGCAAUCUCGCCCCAGAUGAUGAGAUGGAGGCGUUCAAACAGCGACAGCAGGCUGACUUUGAACGACGUCCGGAUUACUAUGGGGUUCAACGACGGAAACCAUUCCACGACCGUUUCGAAGAGGCGAAUCUCGUGCCGAUCGAGAACGACUAUAUCAAUCCGGACGAUGAGGAUUCUCUCAGCGGAGAGGAAGGUUGGCAAGAUUCUGGGGGGAACCGACUGAAAGACUACGGUGUCGACGAAGACGUCGAGUUCUAUGAUGAGGACAGUAUCCCCAUUGCAGAACUGUUGAGCCGGCGGAGAGAAGGGCGGCAAGGCCAGACCUGA